AUGGGAAAAGAGAAGACCCACAUCAACCUUGUCAUCAUUGGUCAUGUUGAUAGUGGUAAAUCCACCACCACUGGACAUCUGGUUUAUAAGUGUGGAGGUGUUGAUUCAAGAACUCUGGAGAAGUAUGAGAAAGCUGCAGCCCAGAUGGGUAAAGGUUCGUUUAAGUAUGCCUGGGUUCUGGAUAAGCUCAAAGCAGAAAGGGAGCGUGGCAUCACCAUUGAUAUUUCUUUGUUGAAGUUCAACACUCAGAAGUACGUCUUUACGAUAAUUGAUGCACCCGGGCAUCGUGACUUUAUUAAAAAUAUGAUCACAGGAACCUCACAGGCGGAUGCAGCACUUCUGGUUGUCUCUGCAGCCAAGGGUGAGUUUGAGGCAGGCAUUUCUCGCAAUGGUCAGACAAGAGAGCAUGCUUUGCUGGCAUACACCCUAGGUGUCAAACAGCUUGUCGUCUGCAUCAACAAGAUUGACCUUACCGAACCACCUUUUAACCAAAAACGCUUUGAUGAAGUGGUGAGAGAUGUGACCGUCUUCAUAAAGAAGAUUGGUUAUGACCCAACAGCGGUGCCCUUUGUUCCUGUAUGUGGUUGGAGUGGUGAGAACAUGCUUGCUCCAUCCCCAAAGAUGGCAUGGUUUAAAGGCUGGAAGAUUAAAAGAAAAGAUGGCUUUUCAACUGGCAAAACUCUUUUAGAAGUGCUGGACUCGCUGUACCCUCCUGUACGAUCAGCCAAUAAGCCUCUACGUCUACCCCUACAGGAUGUCUACAAAAUAGGAGGAGUUGGGACCGUUCCUGUGGGCAAAAUUGAAACUGGGAUUCUAAAGCCUGGGAUGGUUCUGACUUUCUCACCCGCCAAGCUGACUGCAGAGGUCAAGUCCAUUGAAAUGCAUCACCAGGGGUUGGAUACUGCCCUACCUGGCCACAAUGUAGGCUUCAACAUCAAAAAUGUGGCAGUCAAGAACCUGAGACGAGGAGAUGUUGCUGGAAAUGCCCAACAAGAUCCGCCAUCUGAUGUCAGCAGUUUUGUUGCUCAGGUGAUCAUUCUCAAUCACCCUGGCAAAAUAAAGAACGGUUACUCUCCAGUGCUGGACUGCCACACCACCCAUGUUACCUGCCGCUUUGCGGAGUUGCUGGAAAAGCUUGACCGUCGCACAGGGAAGAAACUUGAGGACUGGCCCAAUUACCUGGUGUCGGGAGAUGCUGCAACAGUCAGAUUCGUCCCUAACAAACCCCUCUGUGUGGAGAGCUUCUUUACUUAUCCACCAUUAGGUCGAUUUGCUGCUAGGGAUCUGAAGCAGACUGUGGCUGUAGGAGUAAUCAAGUCUGUGGAGAAGGUGGAUCAAAUGAAGAAAACUGCACAGAAAGGUCAAUCGGUGAAAUGUUAA